AUGUGCGUCGCUGGCGGAGGCGGGCUUGACACACGCGACUCUGCGACGCGGCCUGCCAAUCUGGCGUCCCUCUUCAGACAGCCGUCGCCGCGGUCGCCUGCACCGCCCUCCGCAUUCCCCUCUGGUCUCCACGCCAUCGGGCCCAGCGACAUCCAUGCCUCCCGACGCACCUCCCGCUCCGAUUUAGACUUUGAACAGGCUCUGCGCGCAGGCGGCACCGUCGUCCUCAAGGAGAGCCUCGACGCCCCGUAUACCCGCCACCCCCACCAUCGUGCCCCCACCCCCUCUCCCGUCGCGAGUCCCCACCCGCCGCCGUCCGCGUCCUCGUCCACCCGCUCCAACCUGGCGCCGUCGUCGUCCUCGUCGACGGCGGACUUUCUGCCCGAGGAGCCGGACGGCGAGUACCACACCAAGCGGCGCUCCAUGUAUCGCUCGCCCGGCACCGCGAGUAGCCCGGACCUCGCGACCCUGCUACGUAAAGCGAAGGCCCGCGGCUCUGCUCCCAGCGACGGCAGGACCCUCGACUCACCGACGACACCCAGCAGGCCCGAUGCAUAUCAAGGCCAGCGGUUCUCGACGUCGUCACCGGCGCCCUCGCCGCAGGUGACGCCUGCGCCGAAGGGCAGACUCAAGCCGAAUCCGUUCAUGGACCUCGCUCAUGACGGCAACACGAGUGCAGAGUGGGUCAUGACCAGCCCGGCCAAGAAUGCAAAGUCUUCCGUCCGCCAAAAGACGUCUGCUUUCCUGGGCAAGAUGCUCGGCCAGUCUAGCACCCGCGAACGCUCACGAACCAUCACAUCAUCGCCGUCAACGACAUCUGUCGCAUCGUAUCCGUCCACGCCGCUCAUGGACGCGUUUACACCGCCCGUGCCUCCCAUCCCGCCAAAGCACCGGCAGAAUUUUGUCUCCCCUCGCACGGAUCCGUCGGACGUGUUCAGCGACACGUCGAGCGUCAACAAAAGUCUGCCGUCGGCGCCCUCGGACGCGGACGACGUCUCGCUCGUGAUGGUGGAGCGGUCGCGCUCGCCUUCGCCGACAACGACGCUCCGGCAGCGGCCGACCUCGGCCUCAAAUCACACUCGGACAGCGAGCCGCGGGCACAAGCGGCGGAGCAUGAGCGUAAGUGACGCAGACGUUCAGAAGGCGAUAGCGGCUGCACAGGGCGCAGGACCGUCAACGCCCGCCCGCGCAUCGGGCGAAGGUCGCCGGCCGGAGGUAUGGGGGCGUACUCUGAGUGGCAUUAUCUCUGACUUCCGCGGUGAGCUCUCGCAGCUCGAUACCGCGACAUCACUCGACCUGCGCGAUCCGACGACGCCGGCGCGCCGACCUGCACUCGCCGCUCUGCGUGCACAGAGCGACGGCGCGACGAGCAAAGAGGACAGCCCCACGCGGCCGACGUUAAAGCCGAUAGUGUCCUCGCCUGCGAAGAUGCUGACGCCUACGUUCAACCUACAACCUGCCGAGGCGAGCAUGUCAGGCGACAUGACCGCCUCACCACCGUCACUCCGUCCGGUCUCUCUGCAGCACUCGCCUAUCCGUGCACGUUCAGGUUCGGUGAAUGCAGGCCCGCCCCGCGUGUCGUCGCUCAAGUACGGCCCACGCUCGCCCCAGAUGCGCAGCGGGAGCGGAUCGCUCGCGUCCGUCAGCAUGGGCAUGGGUGGCGCAGGGACGGAGCGUCUCCGGGCGCAGCACCGCUCGACGGCGUCAACGUCGGAACCGUCGCUCGUACCUGCGUCGGACAUUGGCGGGGAGCACAUUACGCGGUUUGCGCUGAGCAGCGCCGGCGCACGAAGCUCGCCGGUCAAGGGCUCGGGCGAGGAUAGCACGGACCUGGAUGCACGGGGACGGGAGCUGGCGGAGCGAUGCUGGACGGAGGACGAGGACUUCAUGGCGAAGGACAAGAUCGCGGAGUGGCUCGGUGGGCAGAGCGUGAUCAACAAGACUGCGCUCCGGCAUUACAUAGACCACUUUGACUUCUCGGCGCUGCGGCUAGACCACGCGUUCAGGCGGUUGUGCGCGAAGCUCUUCCUCAAGGCUGAGACACAGCAAGUCGACCGGAUUCUGGACGAGUUUGCGCGGCGAUACUUUGAUUGCAACCCCAGUAGCAUCUUCGGCAGUGCCAGUGUCGUCCACGCCGUCACGUACUCUCUCCUUCUCCUCAACACCGAUCUGCACGUCGCCGACCUCGCGACGCGGAUGUCCCGCGGCCAAUUCGUGCGCAACACCUUGGGCACCAUUCAGAUGCAGCUGCAGCCGAACCAGGGCUCAAACAGCGACCUCUCAUAUGACGAUUGGACGAGCUUCCGCGCGGGCUCGGAUAGCGACGUCGCCGGGGCAAAUGCCACGCGGCGCGCGAAACGCAGCGACAGCAUCGCGAGCUGGAACAGCAUCGGCACGCGCGAGGGCAUGUCCAACCCGGUGACGUCCGCAGGGACGUCGAGCGGCCAGUUGAGUUCGGCUUCGGACGGCACAGGGCAGCGGCCGGUGAAUGGGAGCGAGGUGUCGGUGGCGUCGGGCCAGGAAGCGAGGGUGGCUGAGCGGGAGUCGAAGGCACCGGAACGGGAGCCUGCGCCUACGGCUAUUGUGCAUGACCGGAAUUGGGAGUCGGAGGUAGAAAGCCUGUUGAAGGAAAUGUACAAUGCCGUCAAGAGCCAGCAGAUAUUGCAGCCUAUUGGCAGCGCACUGACAGCCCGGUCCUCCACCUCUUCCCUCAGCCCGCACCACGGUGCGUUACUACGCCAACGGAGCCUGCGCGGCCAGCAGGGAGACCGUUUGGCCAACCUCAAGCGGGGAAGUAUACGCGGUCUGCAGUCGAUAUUGCACGCACAGUCGGGCGCCAGUCCCUACAGCAGCAACAGCAGCGUCGACGGUCGGGCGAGUCCUGCACCAAGUUUCGCCAACUCGAUUGAAGGCUUCCACGCCUCAACAACAUCAUUCCUCACCCCCGCGAUGGGCUUCGCAUCCAAUCUCUCACAUACCAUAAUCCGAGAGACUCAGGAGGAUGAUUCUCACAGCAUGGAGAGCUCGGAUUCUGGUACUGACGCCAGUAUCACGGACGAAGAGCUUGCUCUUCUCGGGCCUCCAUGGGCAAAGGAAGGUAUGCUCUGCCGUAAGCAGUACUGGGAGUGCACUGGGAAGAGGGCGAAGUCGAAGUCGUGGAUGGACGUCUUCGUCGUCAUACAGAAGGGCGAACUCAGUAUGUUCGUCUUCGGAGAACAUGCGCAUGGCGCAUCGCAUGUCGUCGGCGGCGGUAAUUGGCUUGAAAACGCACACCCGGUGGGUAAGCUGGUGCUUGCCCAUUCGCUCGCACACGCUCUCCCGUCUCCGGGGUACAACCGUCAGCGGCCACAUUGCAUGGUUCUGACCUUGUCCAACGGAGGUGUCUACUUCUUCCAAGCGGGUACCGAAGAGCUUGUGAACGAGUGGGUCUCGACAUGCAACUACUGGGCUGCGCGGCAGAGCAAGGAACCCUUGAUCGGCGGCGUCUCGAACAUGGAGUAUGGCUGGAAUCGCGUGUUGGAUCCCGUCACACGGGUGCGGUCCGCGUCCGAGGACAACUUUUCACAGCGCGAGGACAACGACGACGGUUUCAGCAUCAGGAGCGGCCGGAGUGGGCGGAGCCGGAUGAAGGACCUUGCAUCGACUGUUCGGGCGGACAAGUCGCCCUGGGCGGAUAGGACGUUCAUCAACGAAUGGAAGCCGCCUAUGCCAUCCACGGUACCGAGUAAUCACGAUGAGGAGACUCAGCUCGAGGCGCUGCAGAAACACGUCGCGUAUCUCAAAACGGAGCUCAAGCAACAUAAUGAGCUGAGGUCGCCCAUGACCAACCUAUACCGGCCUCGCUCCGCAAAUGCUGAUAAAUCCCUGAGUAACUGGGAGAAGAAAUCCCAGUACCUCCUGACCGAGAUUGUCAAAUACGAGUCAUACAUAGACUCGCUGCAGGCGGCGAUGUCGCUUCGAAUGAAGAAGAGAGGGGAGAAGGCGCUUGAGCGUGCGCUCGUUGUCGCCAGUCCGACGGACGACGAGCCUACGGACACUGUGAAAGCGAAGUGGAAAGGGCAGCCUGAAGGGAGACGAUAGAGGAAAGGGAAGAACCGCCUCCAAGUGCUGGCUUGUCUCCAUCUCCAUCUCCAGGCAUGCACCGGAGAGAACAAGCCGAGGUAGGCGACGGCGACGUCAAUAACGACUGAUCUUAUGCAUCAGGUUUCGUGCAUGUUUUCGUACACAUCUUGCAUAUUGUUGCCAUACUUACCAUUCUGUCAUGCUAGUAAUUGUAUGUUAUUUGAGCUUGUGAAGUGCCCAAUCCGCGCAUGCAUAUGUAUAUGUUUUCAUGGUCCAGCCAGUAGACGUGUUGUUACUUUGCCAAGACUACUCGAUGUGGCAUUCGUUCGUGC